UCAAAGCUAGGGAUGACACCGCCAACGAAAGAAACCAGGUCUCUACCUUCGUUUGAGUGAGUUAAUUUGGUUUCUAAAUCGUGGCCCCUGGUGAUUCACAUCACGUGACAUGUCUGACGUCAACCAAAAUAUGAAUGAUGACGUCACAGCCGCCAAAUCUUUAAAUGAACCGGAAGUACAAAAAGAGGAAGAAAAAGAAAUAGGUAGCACCACAGAAAAAGUUCCCGGAUUGAUAACAGAAGAAGAAAGAAAAACAACGAGUAGGGAGAGCGCGAAAAGCAGAAGAUCGAGCAAAAAGUCAAAUCGUGCAGUCACUAGUCAGAGCAAUCUUAAACGCACUACUACCCCCGCGGGGGUAAAACAUGCAGACGAAGAUUCCGACGAAGAAUCGAUUCACGACAGUGACUACGACACAGACCUAGAAGUCGAAGAAAAGCGAGACGAGUUUGAUCCCACUGGUCGCAAAGCAUAUCGGGAAGCCUGCGCACACCUAGGAAUAGUGCCAGUCUCUUUUGUGCUGGAGCACAUCACGAACGAGGUGCUUGAUAUCAAGCAUCAUGGACUGGGACCUAGUGGGGCAAAAGCGGUUGCGAUGGCAUUGAUGAAUAAUACGACGACAACGAAAAUUAACUUCCGGGAUUGCGCAGUAGGUCCAGGAGGCGGAGUAAAAUUAUCUAAAAUCCUCAAAGAAAACUUCUACGUCACAGAGAUUGACAUAUCCCAUAAUAAUAUACGAACACAGGGCUGCGAAGCUUUCUGUGAUGCCCUCAACGAGAAUACGACACUGAAAAGCCUGAGUCUUGGAUGGAAUAACUUAAGAGACAAGGACGCGGUUAUUUUAUCCGAUAUGAUAAAAAGCAAUCAUUCCUUGAAGAAGCUGGACUUGAGCGGGAAUGGGUUCGAGGAAGAGGCUGGGAAAAUCUUUGGGCCCGCAAUACACGCAAACGACUCCCUCGAAGUACUCAACCUCAGCUGGAACCAUCUCAGAGGACGAGGAGCAUUAGCCAUAGGACAAGGCCUCCGCGCUAACUGUACUCUCAAGGUCCUGGAUCUAUCUUGGAAUGGAUUCUCUGACGACGGGGCUGCGGCCGUUGGGGAAUCAUUAAAAGGAAAUAAUACUCUUGUGGAGUUGGACUUGAACAAUAAUAGGAUAUCCACUAAAGGUGCUUUGAGAAUGGCUGAGGGAUUGAAGAGCAAUGAUACUCUCAAAGUACUGAGGAUAGGUAUGAACCCUAUCCAAAAUGCAGGGGCCCAUGCACUACUAGACGCCAUGAAGAACAACAUAGAAUGCGCAAUGGAGCGGCUUUGCUUGAACAAAGUGGUCAUCGACGUGGAGACGAAAGAACUUGUCGAUCACAUCAUCGGCAUGCGCCCGUUCUUCGCCAUCACGUGCACGUACAGCAACAGAUCAGGAAACGUAAUGAAUGAUCUCGAUGCAAUGCUGGGCGGGAACAGCAAGAAAAAGAAACUACUCGAGCUGAUGGGCAAAUUGAUGGCGUACGUGGAAAGAAUGAACUACCGUAUGGUCGAUCUUUUUAACCAGUUCGACAAGGACAAAAGCUUGUCUGUCAGUAGGGAAGAGUUUUAUACCGGUCUGAAGGGGAUUGGGGUACCCAUGGAGGAUAAGGACCUGACCUUGUUUAUUAAUUUACUCGAUGAAGAUGGUGACGGGGAGAUUGAUUACGGCGAGUUUUCGUGGAUUAAGGACGCGGAAGAAGAAGAAAUUCAAGUUUAGGAAAACUGAAUUUGUCUCGUGUUGAAUGUUCAUCGACUGAAUCACAAAUUUUUAUCAGGAUUAUUUGUUGUUGACAGCACUUGAAGUCAGUGUGUGACCACCAUUUGGAGCAGAUAAUGAGAUUCAAAGAGUUUUAUCAGCUGAUCGAAACCCAGCAAUGCUGAAUACUUUUGCGCACGGGACCUCGAUCGGUAGAGGUUUUGCAUCAAGAUGAUAUGAACUAAGAGAAGGAAUCCUACCCAUAUAGCCUUGUA